UACAGUUGGCAAUAUGAUAACCUGAUAUUCAUAGUUCCAUACACAGUCAACAUUAAACUCCAUACAAAAAUAUCAUCAUAAAUUAAAUUCAUGUAACUAACCACACCUCACACACACCCACACACAAUGGCACACUCCAUCCAUGAAGAAACUGAAACCACCGCCGCCACCCCACUCCUCCGCCGCAAUUGGCGGUGGUUCCAAGUCCCCUCCACCAUCAAGCUCAAAACAAGCCUCUCCUCAGAGCUCUCCGGCGCCGUCGGAGAUCUCGGAACCUACAUCCCCAUCGUACUAGCACUCUCACUAGUCAACAGUCUUGACCUCACCACCACCCUCGUCUUCACCGCUCUCUACAACAUCGCCACUGGCCUCCUCUUCGGCCUCCCUAUGCCCGUCCAGCCUAUGAAGUCCAUCGCCGCCGUCGCCAUCUCCGAAUCCCCUCCUUACCGCUACCUCCCUCUACCCGUCGUUCGCGGCGUCCAGCUCUCCCAAGGACUCUCCUUCGCCAUGUCCGCCAUCAAGUACAUCCGCUACCAGCAGGACCUCGCCACGCAAACUUCGGGCGCAGCGAGGUCCUGGCUUGCCCUCGACGGCCUUCUGAUCGCCCUCGCCGCCACCUUGUUUUUAAUUCUAACAACAGGUGCCGGCGUGGACGACCAUCGCGCCGCCGAGAACACGCAAAGAGAAGAGUCGGACGAAACCGACUCUCUCAAUAAAACAUCGGAAUCAAGAAUCCAUAGGAGAAUCAGAUUCCUAUCAAACAUUCCCUCCGCUUUGUUAGUAUUCUUGUUUGGCCUUGUUAUUUGUUUCAUUUCUGACCCUUCAAUCUUCGGCGAUCUGAAAUUCGGACCGUCGAAGAUCGCCUUGAUCAAGAUCACGUGGGAUGAUCUCAAGAUUGGAUUCUUUCGGGCAGCAAUCCCGCAAAUUCCGUUAUCCGUUUUGAAUUCCGUUAUUGCGGUUUGUAAGCUGUCUGGGGAUUUGUUCCCUGGAAAGGGAGAAGCUUCGGUUAUGAAAGUUUCGGUUAGUGUUGGUUUGAUGAACUUUGUUGGGUGUUGGUUCGGAGCCAUGCCAUGUUGCCACGGAGCUGGUGGUUUGGCUGGGCAAUACAGGUUCGGAGGUAGGAGUGGAGCUUCGGUGGUUUUUCUGGGGUUGGCAAAAUUGAUUCUUGCUUUGGUUUUUGGGAACUCGUUUGGGAGAAUCUUGGGACAGUUUCCCAUUGGGAUUCUUGGGGUUUUGUUGCUUUUUGCUGGGAUUGAAUUGGCUAUGGCUUCUAGAGAUAUGAACAGUAAAGAAGAGUCUUUUGUUAUGUUUGUUUGUGCUGCGGUUUCUCUUACUGGGAAUAGUGCUGCUUUAGGGUUCAUUGUUGGGAUUGUGCUUUAUUUGUUACUUAAAUUCAGGGAACUUGAUUGUGGUGCUUGUUUUGGGUUUAGUACUAGUACUACUAGGAAGGUUAAGGAUGAGGAAGCUAGUUUAAUUGGUAAUUAACAACAUGAUUAAGAUUAAGAGAAGGUGAUGGUGAUGUGAAGAUGUGAUCAAUAAAUUUGUGAUCUUGUGGGAAAUUCUCACUUGGGUAUGUGAGAAUCUAUGUGCCUUUUUUUCUCAUCACCUUCUCAUAGAAAGUGUGAAUUUAUGUUGUUGGAAUGUUUGUGUUGUAAUAUAAAUUGUAUUUAUAAGUAAUGGCGUUAUCUGCAUUUAAGUGUGUUUUUGGGAAA